UAGACUUGUUACAAACUCUUUUCCCUUUUUGGUUUCAUUGACACAUUUUGUCAAAUACCUUGUGAGCAGUAAAAAUUGACACCAAACUGAUCAAAUUUCAUCGAAUUUAGUAGAACAGCUAUGGUUACUUGUGGAAUUGACUGGAAAUCUGUUCUGCCUAAUUGUUUUAAGGGCAAUAAUGAUACUAAUAAUGUUCGUUCGGAGGCGAAGGUGAUGGAGAACAGUAAACAGAUGAAUUCUGAUCAUCAUAGGUUAGCUUUUUCAGAUAUAAGUACUGAUUCUAGAUCAGUACUUAUUUCGUUGGAUGAUCUUUCAUCGAACGCGGUCAUUGGUUCAAAUCUUCAUGUAUUCACAUAUGAGGAGCUUAAACUCAUCACUAGUGAUUUCUCCUCUGCUAAUUUUCUCGGUAAAGGUGGAUUUGGACCCGUUCACAAGGGGUUCAUUGAUGAUAAGAUUAAGCCUGGUUUGGAUGCUCAACCUGUUGCUGUUAAAUUGCUUGAUUUGGAUGGAAAUCAGGGUCAUCAAGAAUGGCUGACUGAAGUGGUCUUUUUGGGGCAAUUGAGGCAUCACCAUCUAGUGAAGUUGAUUGGAUAUUGUUGGGAGGAGGAGCAGAGACUUCUCGUUUACGAGUAUAUGGCAAGGGGAAACCUUGAGGAUCAACUAUUUUCGAGAUAUUCGAGUUGUUUGCCAUGGUUGACCAGAAUAAAAAUUAUGGUUGGUGCUGCAAAGGGACUGGCUUUUCUUCACGGAGAAGAAAAGCCAGUAAUCUACCGCGAUUUUAAGGCUUCUAACAUCCUCUUAGACUCGGAUUACAGGGCCAAACUAUCUGAUUUCGGGCUAGCAAAGGAUGGACCAGAAGGCGAUGACACACAUGUCUCGACUCGUGUGAUGGGCACUCAUGGCUACGCUGCUCCAGAGUACAUCAUGACUGGUCAUUUGACAAGCAAGAGCGAUGUGUACAGCUUCGGAGUAGUUUUGUUAGAACUAAUAACAGGACGACCAGCCAUGGACAAGAAACGCCCCCUCAAAGAGCGAAUCCUGGUGGAUUGGGCAAGACCAAUGUUAAGGGAUCCACACAAACUUGACAGAAUAAUGGACCCACGACUUGAAGGUCAGUACUCGACGCAAGGAGCAAAGAAGGUAGCUGCAUUGGCUUAUCAAUGCUUAAGCCACCAGCCCAGGUCUAGGCCCACUAUGAACAACAUAGUGAAGAUCUUGGAGCCAGUCUUGGACAUGAAGGAUAUACCAAUGGGCCCAUUUGUUUACGUCGUCCCCUCCUCAAAACCUGACAAGGGAACGGAAAUUGAUGAAUUGAAGACUAAAGGGGACGAUGAAAACAAGGCGAAUGUAAGGGAAAAAGAAGUAGGAAAUGCAGGGGAAAACAGAGAGGAUGGUAAUGCGAAGCAACGGAGAGCCGGACACAGGCAUAAACACAGGCUUAGGACUGAUGCUUCUGUUUACUCAGAUACUCAUUUGUAUCACAAGACUGUAAGGCACGAAAGAACAAACAAAUUAAAUUCUUGUUGAUUAAUCGCAAUGAAGAGAAGAAAGGGAAAAGAGAUUAAAAAUGUAAAACAUAUGUGAAUAGAUUGUAUACUGAAGUACUCCAAAUGUAUUUUUUUGUUAAUUUAGUUUACAUUUUAGUCUCAGUUUUGGACAAGAUCCUUUUAGUGUUUUCGUUUUGGUUGUUGAAAGCAAUGUACAUAGAACAUUCUUAUGACUUUUAUAAGUUCUAAAAAGUUGUUUGAACAAGAAAAAGUUAUUAUGAAAACGA